UAAUUAACCAGGUGACCGGAGUUUAGGAUCAAGUAUACAAGACCAUUCGAUUAUUAUUAUUAUUUUCCCCUCACUUUCCUUCAAUGUUAUUCCUAUCACCAUCCAGUUACUAUUUUUUCGCUCGUUAUCCUUCACUGCUUGUCCUGUCAGCGCUCCCAGACGCAAGACUAUUCCCCGCACCUUUCCAGUACAUAAGAGUAUCAAAUUACUGGUGAAUUGAGAUGAAAAAUGCAAAUAAAUAUAUAAAUAACGAGAGGGAAGCUGCUUACUAAUUGUUUGUUUAGCUUUAAAAUUAGGGACGAUUUUUUUUCUUUUCUUUUCUCCACGAUUUUUUUUUUUUUAAUAUUUUUUCUCCUUUCUUUCUUUUUUCUUGUUUUUCCUUAUUUGUAAGUAACUUCAGCACCCAUUUAAGCCUUGCAGUGACCCGAGGCGACCACAGUGACCUCCCGGCUACUAAGAAUGUCAGUUACUUAAAAAUCAUUAUGAAAAAUAAAGGCAAAAAUAUGAAAAUAAGUUAAAAUUUACUUUCCUGUCAAGUGUGUUUGGGUCAGACAGACAGACAGACAAUGACUACAGAGGAUAGGUUAGGUUAGGUGGCAGUAGUAGUAGUAGUAGUAGUAGUAAUAGUAGUAGUAAUAGUGAUAAUAGUAAUAGUAGUAGUAGUAGUAAUGUUAUAGUAAUAAUAGUAGUAGUAGGUUAGGUUUGGUUAAGUAAUAGUAGUAGUGUAAUAAUGAUAACAAUAAUAGUAGUAGUAGUAGCAGUAAUAGUACCAUAACAGUAGUACACACACACACACACACACACACACACACAACAAUAUAACAAACAAAUUAAUGAGACUAAAGUUCUUUAUUAAACCUGUAUUGAAAAUUUGCAGUCCACACAUCAACAGAUUCAAUGGAGACACUUUUUAAACCAGACGUGGUGACUGAUGGUGACGCAGCCAGCCGGGGGAGUGUGUGCUGCCCCCCACCCCAACACACACACACACACACACACACACACAUACACACACACACACACACACACACACACACAAAGUCAGGGCUGCCAGUGACAUGACAUCAGUGUUUCAGUGCAAGGGUUGGGUUAAGUAUGGAUUAAUGCAGCUGAAAAUGCAUGAAGUGUUUAUGAGCAUCUACAAGAACUGGGAUUAAAAAGAAUAGAUUUUGCAAUUUCUUUUGAGUUUAUUGAUUGAAAGUGGCUGGAGAACAAGUGAAGAUAUCUCAGAAUGCCAGGUAAUUAAGGAAAGAUACACCAGUUAGCGCUGAAAGACUUGUAAUCCACUCACUGUAUAGAUCAGGAUUAAAAUAAAUAAAUAAAACAUCAUAUUUUUGCCCAUAAAUUAAGUUACUACCUCCAAACCAGCAGCCUAAGAUCAUUUUCAUCGAGGCGAACAGGACAGGAGAGCAGUGGUGAAGUGUGUGGCAGGGUGGAGCGAGCCUUGCCCUAUGCACAGCCAACACUGACCAGCCACUCCCUCGACAAAGGCCAAAAGAAUCAUGGAGAAUUGGAAAACAUCUUGAAGCCUCCCUCCUGAAAGAGUUCAAGUCACAGGCAGGGAAAUACAGCAGCAGGCAGGGAGUUGAUGGGUCACAGUGGCCCUGCACUCUGCUACACUGGGAACACACUCGGAAACACUCAGCUCUCACCAUUGCUGUUUUCCAAGGCCACAGAGAUAGUCAGCACAGUUCUCAUGAGUGUUUUUCCAACACCACCAUCACCACCACCACUACCAUGGGGACCCCUGAGGCCGCGGCGGUGCAGGUGUUGACCCGUGCAGUGCAGCUUGACUCAGAGAAGAAGUAUGGAGAGGCACUGGCUUGUUACGAGCAGGGAAUCAGGCUGUUACUGCAGGCGUCCAGAGAGGUGCACGAUGAGUCUAAGCGCGCAUACUUCCGCAAGAAGACAGAGGAGUACCUGGGGCGGGCGGAGGCGGUGAAGGCAGCAGCAGCGAGGCAGCGUGCUGAUACCUGCACCCACAGGCAGAUCCAGAUAGCAGAGGGGUCAACAGGUCACAGCUACGAGACGGUGUUUGGUCCAGUCAUCACCCCGGCCCUGACUGAGGUGGUGGUGGAGGACGCGUACAUCCGCUCCACUCAUCAGAUUUACAAUUUCCUCCACCUGUGCGAACUCUUGGUGAGGAAAGCGGAGAAACUUUCCUCCAUCUCUCUUAUUACCUCCCUCGACCCCUCCGACCCUGACAUGCAGAGAGACAGACUGAGAGAGAUAGAAGGGUCACUGCAGAAACACAGUGUCUCUCUCAACACAACUUUCUCUCAGACCAUCCAUGACAGAGAGAUUAGGCUAAACAAUGGGUGGGUAGUCAAGAUAGGACGUGGCCUUGACUACUUCAAGAAGGCGGAUGGUCGGUUCUCGGUCGGAUGGUCUGACUAUCACUUCCGCCCCUGCCACCAGACCACCAUUGACCUGUACUAUCAACCGCCGCCGCCAUCUUGAUAGUAGGAAUAGUAAAGUGCUCUCUCUCUCUCUCUCUCUCUCUCUCUCUCUCUCUCUCUCUCUCUCUCUCUCUCUCUCUCUCUCUCUCUCUCUCUCUCUCUCUCUCUCUCUUUCUGUAAAAUCUAGAUAGGACAAGAAAAAGAAGAAGGAAGAAAGGAGAGAAGUAAAGAGGAAGAGGGAUAGAAAGAAGAGACACAAAAAUAAAGAGAAAGAAUGAGAGGAAAGAAACAAUUAAGAAAAGCAGGAAAUGAAAAAAGAAGGGAGAGAGAGAGAGAGAGAGAGAGAGAGAGAGAGAGAGAGAGAGAGAGAGAGAGAGAGAGAGAGAGAGAGAGAGAGAGAGGAAAUAAAAAAGAAGACAUUUGUAUUAAAAUUGUGUGUGUGUGUGUGUGUGUGUGUGUGUACAGGGAACACUAUAUGUAAAUAUACUUAACUUCUAAUUACACUUUUACACUACUAAAGAUAAAAAAAAUGUAAUAACCAACUGUGACAUGUAAUUUUAUAUGUAAUUGAUUAUAUACAUUUGUUA